AGGGACUAAGGGUUAGCAAGCCACUUUGGAAUUAUAAAAACAAAACUACGCUUUAAUGAUGGUCUAAGGAACUUUGGAAUAUAAGUGGAUAUCUUGGGCAAAGUGCAGAAAGAAAUGGCUGUUCAGACUGCCAUCAUGAACUCCCAGUUUUUUAAUUUCUGCUUUCCUGGCUCGGUAAUGGAGUAUGAGGUGGAGAAGAGUCUGGAUGGGAGACUCUUGGGUGAAGUGAACUGUCAAGGUGAGUCUAGGGAGGCAACAAGAGACUUGCUUAGCUUCAUCGACUCUGCUUCCAGCAACAUUAAACUUGCCCUGGAUAAGCCGGUCAAGUCUAAGAGGAAAGUCAAUCAUCGCAAGUAUUUACAGAAGCAGAUCAAGAGAUGCUCAGGGAUCAUGGCACCAGGAAAUAAAGGACCUCAGGAGGCUUGCAAAAGUCAGGACUUACCCCAAACUUCAACCAGCACUACCCAGAGCAAAACACCACCUAAACGAGAAGGACUUCAAGCCAACCUGCAGAGCAAGAGUCUGGCUGCUCUCUUCAGCAAUGCCAAGGACUUGCAGGGCGAAAAGGCCAAAAAGCCUCCAUUGCGACACAGAAACCUGCCGCCAUCCUUCUUUACAGAGCCAGCCAACAGUGCGAGGGUCACAUCAACAUCUGGCAUGUUUCUCAAAGAUCUGGACCGGGGAAAUCCUGAAGCAACAGACUUCUUUGAACUUCUCGGGCCUGACUGCUGCAACAUGAUGACUGAGCAGGAGCUCUUCCAUGCUACGCCCAACAGGGUCCAACAGCAGGGGCCUGUAGAGAUGGAACCAAUGUCUUUUGAGUCACACCAUUUUGUAACAGGUGGUUUCCUUUAUUCUGAGCCUUGGGGCACAUGUGUUGAUGUGUCUAAAAAAACAACGGACAUGAGGACAGUACCAGGGCAACCAUCUGUAUUUGGCAACACAGACUCAUCUUAUUCAGUCCCUGUGGAGCAGAGUUCUUUGUGUACGUCAAACUUCUCUAACUUCUUUACAGACUGCAAUGUCCCUCAGGUGUCAUAUGACCUGGCUGGCCCAUACAGCCGGGAUAGUUUUUCAUCUCUUUAAGCAA